AUGGAGGUCACAAAGUAUCAAUCAUUCAUUCAUGGAUUCUCGAUCGACUAUCCAAAGGGAUGGAAGGUCAGUGAGAACAUGGGAUUCUCAGCCGUCAUCUUCACGCCACCAAUACACUCUCAACAAUCACAAGAGAGCACAAUGUUAAACUUGAAUGUCUCUAUUCAAGAUCUUUCAAAUGCUACAAAUGGCAAUGGCAUCCCAUCACCGGAUGACUUCCUAAACAUCUCGAUACAGCAAGUGAGCCAAAUGGGUGCUCGUGCCCUCAAGCAUGGACCAACAAAGAUUGGACCAGCUCACGCCCAAUACGAUGGAUACUUCAUGUCCUACAUGUUGGAAAACGAAGGAAGUGGCAUUGUGAAGAUCAACCAGUCUUUCUUCAUCAACAACACCUUUACCUACGUUGUGACACUCUCGGUGCCAUCUCGUGAGCCCAGCCUCAUCGAGGCCUAUGAGAAGGCUGUGGCCUCGUUCACAAUCUUUGCACCAAAGGGACUAAAGACUGUUAUGCUCUCUGCCGACAGCAACGAUGUAGACAUUGUGGGCAACAGCAUGAGAUAUAGCCUAUUCACACCAAACAACUGGAUCAACACUAAUAGCAGCAGCAGCAACAGCAACAACGGCAGAACCUCAUAUAGCUACAAGGCCCCCAUAGGUGACAUCAAGCUCGAUCACUCUGUCGAGGUGCUUGCCAACCAAUCGACUGCCAAGGCCUACUGCAGCAAGGCUGAGAACACUCUGAGAAUGAGGAGCACAAAGGACAGCUUCGUCGAUAGGUCCAUCACGUUGGGUAAGCUCCUGACAAUGCCAGCCGUUGGUGGCGAGGCCAAACGCUUCAUCUUUACCAGAGCACAGAGGGAGUACCAGGUGGCCAUCGUCGUCAUUGGUGACUGUGCAUUCACAACCACUCUGGAGACGACCAGUGGCGAUAUGGAGUACUUUAACAAUCUGUUUGACGCCAUCGUCUCGAGCUUCCGUGUCAACGAGAUUGGUGCUAAGGAUGCCGAGGGUGGUGCACUCGAGUACAAGGUCUUUGCCCAUCUGAUCAAGUCGUUCGUCGUCAAUGUGCCCUUGUCCUUCAAGAUGUCAGACAAGCUCUCCACCAAUGAUGCCGUGCUUUUCUACGUCAAGGAUCCAGAGAUGCCAGUGUUCAGCAUGACCUUUGAGGACAUGGGAUCCAUCGUGGCGCAGGAGGACUACAAGCAACUGAUUCUCCAGUUCCACAACGAAUCGAUGCAAGGUGCCAAAAUCGUCGCCGAUAGACCAUCCCGAUUGGAUCACUACAAGGCCAGCACCGUAGAGAUGAUGGGAUUCGAUCCACAAAUGGGUAACCAUCGUCGUGUCGUGUUCAAAUGCUCGGUGGUCCGCCGUCGUUUCGGAGUGCUCUUGUCACUCAGCACCAACAAGACAGAAUUUGAGGGUGUGUACAACUCAAGCUUCUUUGUCUUUGAUUCAUUUAAAUUGAUAUAA